AGGCCCAGACAGUGAGGGCAGGAGGAAGAAAGGAGAGGGAGAAGGAGAGCGAGCGAGAGAGAAAGGGUUCCGGAUUGGAGGGGAGAGCAAGGGAGGAAGGCGGUGAGAGAGGCGGGGGCCUCGGGAGGGUGAAAGGAGGGAGGAGAAGGGCGGGGCACGGAGGCCCGAGCGAGGGACGAGACUGACUCCAGCUCUGACUUUUUUCGCGGCUCUCGGCUUCCGCCGCAGCCAUGUCACUCCUCUUGCUGGUGGUCUCAGCCCUUCACAUCCUCAUUCUCAUCCUGCUUUUUGUGGCCACUUUGGACAAGUCCUGGUGGACUCUCCCCGGGAAAGAGUCCCUGAAUCUCUGGUACGACUGCACGUGGAACAAUGACACCAAAACGUGGGCCUGCAGUAACGUCAGCGAGAAUGGCUGGUUGAAGGCGGUGCAGGUCCUCAUGGUGCUCUCCCUCAUUCUCUGCUGUCUGUCCUUCAUCCUGUUCAUGUUCCAGCUCUACACAAUGCGACGAGGAGGUCUCUUCUAUGCCACCGGCCUCUGCCAGCUUUGCACCAGCGUGGCGGUGUUUACUGGGGCCUUGAUCUAUGCCAUUCACGCCGAGGAGAUCCUGGCGAAGCACCCACGAGGCGGCAGCUUCGGAUACUGCUUCGCCCUGGCCUGGGUGGCCUUCCCCCUCGCCCUGGUCAGCGGCAUCAUCUACAUCCACCUGCGGAAGCGGGAGUGAGCGCCCCGCCUUGCCCGGCGGCCCCCGCCAGCUCCCGGCCCCCCUCGCCGCGCGUCCUCCAGAAAAUAAAACUGUUUAACCGCGGG